CACAGGGCAAUUGCGUCUACGUCAAAUCUGACAGAUCUGAACAGAUCCGACCAUCUGUGCCUUGCGAUGCAGUGGAAGAUCAGCAUUGUCCCACGGGACACCAAAGGCGACGAGUUCUACCUCGGCAGCUAUAAGCCUUUUAGGCUCGAGUCUCUCCGGCUCGACCCGCAGGCAUUCGGCUCGACGCUCGCGCGCGAAUCCGCAUUCGACGACUCGCAGUGGCUGCAGCGGCUCCACAACCCGGCCGCGACCACCUUUGUCGCCUCUUCCGAGGAGGACGACGACGACGACGGCAAACAAGUCCUGUCGUCGCUGACGCUGUUCAGGAUGCUCGACCCCGACCCCGACCCCGACCCCGACCCCCAUAGACAGGUCGCGGAAGCGCACUGGGCCGUCAACGCCGUCUGGACGCGACCGGGCGCGCGCCGUCGGGGCCUGGCGGCCGCCGUCCUGGCCGACGCCGUCCGCUGGGCGCGCGACGCGGCCGGCCCAUCCUCGCGCUGCUGCUGCGUCCUGACCGCGCACGUCUACGAGACCAACGGGGCGGCGCUGGCGCUGUACGAGGCGGCGGGGUUUCGUCGGGUGGCGGCGGGGCGUCAGGAGGAGGAGGAGGAGGAGGGGGGUUGGUGAAGGUGAUGGUAGGCCCGCCGUGUGUGUGUUGCGGCUCGAGAUGGGCGCUGGUGGUGAUGGUGGUGGUGGUGGUGGUGGUGGUGGUGUUUCUACUGCAUAGAUGCCUACCUGCAUUCCAGACUUGGCUGGGUCGAUGGAAUGGGAUGGUGGUAGGUAGUGGUGGUGUUGGAAUGAGGAGGGGGAGCAGGAGGUCGCGUGUGGGCGAUUUGGAGGCUGGAGGCGCAUGCCAUGCCAUGGGCGGAGCGUCUCGCUCUUCCUUCGGUGACGGCGAUCCACCACUCUCGGGGGAACUCGUCCGUGUUUCAGCACUCGCAAGGGGUUGCCUUCCAAGCCAAAGCAAGCACCUGCCACGCCCGCCUUGGGUUCGACGCGCGCGAGCAGCUUGCCCGUGAUCCGGCGACCGACCUGAUAGAUUGCGAAGUGAUAGAUUGCGAAGGGGGGGGG